CUCCUCAUUCGAACUUCGGAGUAAUUGUGAAGAAGGACUUUCGUGAGGCUAGAGAAGGCUGGUAAAUAUACAUCCAGCGCAGCGCAGCGUUCGCCGGGGAAUAAACAAAGAGUGAGCACAUUGAGACUGCCUACUGCUUACAUCAUACAUCGCCGCACACAAGACGAAGGAGAGCCCUAUGAGCAUGCUGUCAGGAAGGGGAAAUAGAAAUGUGGACGAGUUGGGCGUCCCGUGGCGCUUUGCGCGGCGCACGACGUACGAUUCGGAGACGAAUCCGGAGGGAAUGAUAUCCUUUGCGACAGCGGAGCAAUUACUGAUGGGUAAGGAGUUGGAGGAGCUUGCUAACAAGAUCCACAUCCCAGCAGAGGCGUUUACAUACAAAUACUCGACGGCUGGUGGCGAGAGGUUUCCCAAAGCGUUGGCCCGGUUUCUGAAUGAGUGGUUUGGGCCUUGGGAGGAGGUGGAGGCGGAGGAUGUUAAGAUUACGGCGGCAGCGACGGCACUGCAUGAGUGUUUGGGUUUUGCGCUCGCGGAUCCCGGGGAGGGCGUGCUGAUGAGCAGACCGUAUUACGGACGAUUUGAACUUGAUUUUGGGAAUAAAGCAGGCGUAAAGGUGAUUGCGGCGGAUACUCAGGCUGAGGAUUGCUUUCAGGUUGGUGUUGUGGAGAAGUAUGAAGAGGCGUUGAAGAAGGCGGAAGGGGAGGGUGUAAGAAUCAGGGUUUUGUUGGUUGUGAAUCCGCAUAAUCCUCUGGGCCGAUGCUACCCCAAAGAAACACUUAUAUCCCUCAUGCGCUUCUGCCAGACCCACAGCCUGCAUUUCAUAUCCGACGAGGUCUACGCUCUUUCGGUGUUCGACUCUGGCGAGCCCAGCGUUCACCCUUUCACAUCAGUCCUCGCGAUCAACCCCACCGACAUCAUCGACCGCAAUCUCGUCCACGUAACGUACGCGAUGAGCAAGGACUUUGGCUCCGCAGGUCUCAAGCUCGGUGCAUUGAUCACGAAGAACCAUGACCUGAAGAGAGCGUUGCUAGCGAAUGUGCGAUUCCACGGAUCUUCCGGUCCCUCUCUCACUAUCGCCUCGGCGAUGCUGGAGGAUCAUGAAUGGUGCCGAAACUUCAUAAUACUUUCUCGCCAACGCCUCGCCGACGUCUAUAAGUAUGUCACUUCACGAUUGGGGCAGAUGGGUAUUAAGUACUUGGCCGGUAGUAACGCGGGGUUCUUCAUCUGGAUUGAUCUUAGCCCUUGGUUUCCGCCGGAAAGUGAGGGCUUGGCGGAUAGAGAGAGGGAACAGAUGCUUGCACAGAAGUUUGUGGAUAGAGGUGUGUUCUUGCAGCCUGGAGAGGAGCAUGCGCUAAAAUGCGGUUGGUUUAGGGUGGUGUUUUCAAUGGAGAGGCGCGUUGUAGAAGAGGGGUUGAGGAGGAUCAACAAGGUGCUUAAGAAUAUCGGGAAGUGGGAUUAG